UAAUGUCGGCGAUAAGAACAGAGCCUAAGUGGCCUCCAAAUGAGCCACUCCGCAGCCAUGAACACACCAAUCGAACCCAGAAAAAGUACAAACUAUAGCAUCCGAAAAACAACCCGACAACCUAACCAUGCAAUGAGCAAAGUCCACCAUAGUAGCUCAAGUUGCAAAAGCCUUCCAAUGAUCCAAUUGAAAACCCGAAUAAUCAACCAGUGAAGCCAUAAUCCAUUAUCCAAAGCCGCCACAGCAAGUAUACUACCCGUAGAAGAAAAAAACCUUUCCAUCCUACAAGUGAAGAACAAAAACAUAUAGGAUUUGGAAGGAAGAAAUCCGCCCGUCAAAAUUGGUCACCACCCAUCAACAGGAGGGGAGUGUGCGUGGGGGACACCCACUACUUUUUUAGAAUCAUCAAUCAUGAUUACGAUCGAAAUCCCCAAUUCUUGAGCGUUGAAGAUACAAUGCUACCAAAAAACGAAGUAAGGCAGAAGAAACAAACCUCCAUCCGCUCCUCAUACUCAUUUACCAAAAAAAAUAUUAAAGCAAACCCAUUAUAUGUGUAGCUACUAGAUCCGAUGGCUCAUGACCACCACGAGGCCCAAACCUCAGUCCACAAGAACUUAGCGAAUCCAAUAGUCGGCCCCCAAGACUACACAAGUCACCUAAUAGCAAAUUGACCCUUCCAAAGCUACCAGUCCAGUCCAACAAAUUCUCGUCCCGCUGACUUGUCCAGUCGCCCCGAUUAGGUUCAGAACUUCCAUCUUUUCAAGUUUUAACACAAACUGCUAUACGCAUCGCGACGGCCUGCGGGUAACUUCUCCGCAGCCUCCCACAAAAUCUCAGAAAAGUCUGCCUCCGACUCUUUGACUCUGACUCUCUCUCACUCCCAGCAACGCGACGAUUUCGUUUGAACCACUCCCCUCUCCCACCUUCCCAUCGCCAUGGCAGUCCACUCUGACGCCUCUUUCAUCCUCUCUAUAUAUCCAUCCCCGUCCUCUUCAUCAACAUUCCAUUUCCUCUCAACAUCCCAUUUCUCCCCUCCCUCAAUUGACCAUUCUCAAGUCAAUUUCACCCGCCAUGGAUGCCUCGCCGUUAGCAUUGAGAAGACAAACCACCCUCCAGCUACCCGCUUCCCCAUUCCAACCCAGAAGACGAAUCAGGGCAUGGAAAUUGAAGCUCCGCUCCACCUGGCGAUCCGUCAAAACCACCUUCUCCCGCAACCUCCUCAAACGAUUCCACCACCGGCACCGCGCAUCAUCCUCCUCCGUCGCCGCCGCCAAAAAACUGAGCCGAAUCGCCCCCUCCAAUCCCAAUAACCCCCAAACCGUCGCCGCCAAGAGGAACAGCAGCCGCCCGCACAAAUCACUGGCGCGUCUCCUCGAGGUUCCCUACACGGCCUCCGAUUUCAUCGAUUGGGGCGACCACAUGACUCCCACACUGUCCCCCAAGCGGGACAUCUCCGGGCGGUGGCGCGAGCUCCACGGAAUCGACGAUUGGGACGGCCUCCUCGACCCAAUCGACCCAACCCUCCGCUGCGAGAUCCUCAAGUACGGCGAGUUCGCCUCCGCGACCUACGACGCCUUCGACUUCGACCCGCUCUCCGAGUUCUGCGGCAGCUGCAGAUACAACCGCCACAAGAUGCUCCACGAAUUGGGCCUCGCCGGCAAGCACGGCUACACCACCACACGCUACAUCUACGCCAUGUCUCACGUCGACGUCCCCCAAUGGCUCUCCCGCGCCUACACCACCUGGAGCAGAGACUCCAACUGGAUGGGCUACGUCGCCGUCAGCGACGACGCCGAAUCGAAGCGAAUCGGCCGGCGGGACAUCGUCGUCGCCUGGCGGGGGACGGUGGCGCCGUCGGAGUGGUUCAGCGACCUCAAUGCCCGGCUGGUCCGGGUUAACGACGCCGUCAGAGUCGUCAAGGUUCAAAAGGGUUUCCUCUCUGUUUACAAAUCGAAAGCAGAGUCCACACGGUACAGCAAAGCCAGCGCUUCGGAACAGGUGACGGAGGAAUUGCUCCGGUUAGUGAGAUCUUACAGAGAGAAGGGGGAAGCAGAAAUCAGCAUCACCGUAACUGGUCACAGCUUGGGAGGAGCAUUGUCUCUGUUAACAGCUUACGAGGCUGCAAGUCUGAUUCCUGAUGUUUACAUUAGUGUGAUCUCCUUCGGCGCGCCCAGAGUUGGGAACUUGGCCUUCAGGGAGAAGAUGAAGGAAUUGGGGGUAAAAGUUCUGAGAGUCGAAGUCGAAGAGGAUAUAGUCAGGAACCUGCCUGGAAUCGUUAUGAACACGGUCCUGAAGAAGCUGUCAAUUACGAAGCGAUUGAAUUGGAUUUACAGGCACGUCGGGAAGCAGUUGAAGCUGCACGUUUCGAGCUCGCCGUACCUGAAGAAGGAGUCUGACAUGGUUGGGAGCCAUAACUUGGAGGUGUAUCUUCACCUUGUGGAUGGGUUCGUGAGCAGAGGGGCCAAAUAUAGGUGGAAUGCGAGGAGGGAUUUGGCGCUGGUGAAUAAGAACAGCGAUAUGUUGAUACCGGAGCUCAAGAUUCCCCAGUUCUGGUACCAUAUGCCUUACAAGGGACUGGUGCGGAACAGAUAUGGGAGAUGGGUGAAACCAGGUAGAGAACCUGAAGAUAUUCCGUCUCCAUUUUCGUCCGAGUUAUCUUGUCGCGAACCUAUACUUGAACUCGUUGAAUGUUAACGAACAUAAAAGAUUCGUCUUUUU